AUGAGAACCGAAAGAACAACCUCAUCAUCUUCUCAAAACACGAAAACCAUCAUCGAUCACCACCUCCCCCUCCGUCUCCUCAGAUCCGAAAUAGUCCCACCCGCCCCCACUUUCUCUCACUCCACCAUCGAUUUCCUCCACCACUUUGCAGGCUAUUCAUGGAUCGCUUAUGGAGCUUCUUCUAUUCUCACUAUCACCCAUUUCCCUUCUCCUCUUUCCACUCAUCAGACCCGCAUCGGUCCCCUUUUUCGCCUAUUCUUUGAACUCUCUUCCGAUCACUCCUCCCCUGUUUCUGCUGUCUCUUGGUCACCUCAAUUGCCUUCCUCCGGUGAACUUGCUGCUGCCGCUCUAAAUUGCAUCUGGGUUUUUCAUCAUCACUCUGUUGCGUCCAAAGGUUCUUUUUGUUGGAGCCAGAAUGCAGUGCUUGUACAAAGUACAAAAGUGGAGACCAUAAGAUGGACGGGAUCAGGAGAUGGAAUUAUUUCUGGUGGAAUGGAGGUAGUUUUCUGGAAAAAGAUUAAUAGAUGUUGGGAAAUCGCGUGGAAGUUUAAAGCAGACCUGCCCCAAACACUCGUAAGUGCAACCUGGUCUAUUGAAGGUCCUUUGGCAACUGCACCGUAUUCUAGUAAAGAACAUAUUGAAGGGUCCUUAAUCAGUCAGGAAAGCAAAUUUGUAUUCGUAUGUCAGAGCAAUGAACUAUCUGAAUAUUCAAAAGCCAAACUUCAGCAUCCUCUACCUAUUGUGUCAAUUCAAUGGAGACCAUCGAGGGGAAGACUAUCAGACAAAUACAGUAAGUAUUCAAAAAGGAAUGUGUUACUUACUUGCUGCUUAGACGGAACUGCAAGGUUAUGGAGUGAGAUUGAUAAUGGAAAGGCCAAGAGGGCUGGGAAGAACACAGGGUGCUCUUUUUGCGUUCUUGCUGUCAUUGAGAUUAAUCAGUGUUUAAAUGGAAUUCUUGGUUCAGAUAUAUUUGUGACGUGGGGGACGGAAAUCGAGGGGUUAUUUACCAGAGGUGAAGGAGACAAACAAAAUUUCUCCAAAGAAGGAAUCGAGCACGACAUCAGAAAAUGUGACUGGUUAGUUGGAUAUGGUCCUGGAAUGUUGCUUAGCUUUUGGGCUGUCCACUGUCUUGAUGAUGUUUCCCCACUGAGAUUCCCCCGAGUUACAUUAUGGAGGAAACAUGAGCUCCAGAGCCACGACAUUGGAAACAUUUUUAAGUUUGACUCAUCUGAUUUUAAAAACGCAUUACUUCUGCAUAAAGUCAUUAUAUCAAGAAACUCUUUGUCUGGUCCACCAAGCAUAUGCUCUCCACUACAGCUUUUACCUUGUAAUUCCUUAGUUUGGUCAUUUUUCCAUAUUCAAGAAAUACGUGAUGCUGUUGAGAACUCCCCUGACAAUGCUAAAACAGAUGAAAUCUCCUCUCAUUUGACUGGUGGGUCUUUAAACUUAGAUGGACAUACUGGGAAAAUAUUAAAGGUUUCAAUUCAUCCUUAUAUUUGCAAAGCUCAAGUUGCUGCUUCUCUUGAUUCUAAUGGACUGCUUCUUUUCUGGUCACUUUCUAAUAUUUCAAACGGCAUUCUGGGAUGUCCAACGUUGGUUCCUACUUGGGAACUCUGUGGAAAACUUGCAACUCAACACUCAUGCUCCAUGUAUACAAGCUUGACAUGGGCACCUUCAAUACUUGAUGAGCAACUUGUUUUUUUCAUGGGACAUACCAGGGGGGUUGAUUGCUUCAUAGUCAAUAUUAGUCGAACUGAAGAAGAUAACUUAGAAUGUCACUACUUAUGCACUAUUCCCUUCACUGGUCAUGGUCCUUAUGAGGAUGGCCCGCACGAUAUAUUUGCAAUUCCUUUGAACUCUACUUCUAAUAAAACAAUUUGUAACAAUAAACUUAUGCUAUUGGCAAUUUGGACAGGGAGAUUUCAGGCCCUAUCAUGGGAAGUUAACGUGCAAUCUUUUGACACGUCAACAAUCGGUUGUGAAUGCAAUUUUGAUGCUAAAAGCCUUGAUGACAACCAUAUUUGGGCAUUUGAAAGUACAUUUGCUAAUAAAAAAUAUUGCAUUGCUGUAAUUCCAUGUUCAUCCGAGUUUCCAAGUUCCGAUGAUCUGGUUACUAGUUUUGCAGUGGGAGAUCCUGGCACCCUGAGUCAUAGACAGCAAGAGUUUGGCUUUGCAAAUGAUCAUUGUAGUAGCAGUCCUACAUAUAUCUUGGCCACUGGCUGCUCUGAUGGUAGCUUGAAACUUUGGAAAAGUAACCGUGGCAAUCUGUCGACCCUGAACUUGCCAUGGGAGCUUGUGGGUAUGUUUAUUGCACAUAACAGUCCUGUCAAGGGUAUAUGUUUCACUGAUUGUGGUCAGAAAGUUGCAACGUUCUGUAACAUAAAUGAUUCCAAUGCUGUCAGUACCAUCCAUGUAUGGGAUGCUAUAAAUCUGAUCAUUGCAGGGACUUUUAUUUUAGAAGAUACACUAACGCUUGAAAGUGAUGUUAUUACUCUCAAGUGGUUGACUUUAGGGACUGGUGAGUUAUUGCUCGGAGUUUGUUUGCAAAAUGAGUUGCAAGUAUAUGCUCGGAAGCGUUAUGACAGUUUGGCUUGGUCGAACUCUAGCUGCUGCAGUGAUCCAAGAGCCUAUAACAGCAAGGAUGAAGCAUAUGAAGACAUAAGUUCUGCAGUUUUUACUGAUUGUGACGUCGGUGCUUUCGAAGAGCUUUCAAUUGGAGACAAUAACCUAUACAGUAGCAUGUUUCUGGCUAAGGAACAAUUAAAAUAUGAACUCCUUAACAAGGUUGGUUUGUGGAGCAUCUUAGAAGUAGCUGAGCUGAUUAGUGGAUCGUUGCCUACUUAUCACCCUGAUGUACUUCUUACCAAUAUAAGUUCAGGCAACUGGAAACGUGCUUACAUAGCUGUCAAGCAUUUUGUUGAACACCUGAUUUCUAAUUAUGAUCCUAAAAAGAGACAGAUUACCAAAAGGAGCGGUCUUCCGAGUAUCAUAUUGUCAGAUUAUCUAGAAGGCCGUAUGUCAAAAAGUUCCCAAGAUAAGGGAUUUAAUUGGAGUGAGGAUGUUACCUCAUUCGCAUCAUUUUCACAUGCUCAAAAUAGCUCAAUCCAGUUUUCAUAUCAUUCGGAUUCCAGUGCUGAAAAUAAAAGCAGUUCCACCUCAACUAGAUCUGAGCUUAAUGGCUUUAUUGAACCUUUAAAGAAUUUUCCCGAUUUACCUCAUUUGAUCAACAUAGAGAGGACAGAGAUUCUCUCAAUCAUUGAUUUGCUCAGUGAAGUUUGUAAUCCAGACUCAUCUUCUGCAUAUCAGAGUCUUGAUGAACCUGGACGAAGGUUUUGGGUUGCACUAAGGUUUCAGCAAUUACUUUUUCAACGAAAGUUUGCCAGAGCUGCAUCUGUCGGAGAGAUGAUCAUUAACUCAAGGAUGUUCGUAUGGGCUUACCACUCUGAUUGUGUAGAAAAUUUAUUUGGUUCUGUCAUACCCAAUGAACCAUCGUGGCAAGAAAUGCGUGCUUUGGGUAUGGGCUUUUGGUAUUCCAGCAUACCUCAAUUGCGUGCUAGGAUGGAGAAAUUAGCAAGAGCACAGUAUUUGAAGAACAAAAAUCCUAAGGAUUGUGCAUUGCUGUAUAUUGCAUUGAACAGAAUUCAAGUUUUAGCUGGCCUUUUUAAAAUCAGUAGGGAUGAGAAGGACAAACCUUUAGUGGGUUUUCUCUUGCGCAAUUUUCAGGAUGAGAAAAAUAAAGCUGCUGCUUUAAAAAAUGCUUAUGUCUUAUUAGGAAAGCAUCAGCUUGAAUUGGCGGUUGCCUUCUUUUUGCUUGGAGGCGAUCAUUCUUCUGCUGUAAAUGUUUGUGCCAAGACCCUUGGGGACGAACAACUUGCACUAGUAAUUUGUCGCCUUGUUGAGGGCCAUGGUGGACCAUUAGAGCAUCACCUAAUUACUAAGUAUAUAUUUCCGUCUGCAACUGAUAGAGGAGACUACUGGCUGGCUAGCCUUCUGGAGUGGGAAAUGGGUAAUUACUAUCAAUCUUUUCAUAGAAUGCUACAGUUUUCCGAAAAGAUUCGGGAUCCAGAGUCAAUCAUUAUGUCCAAUUCUGGUUCUUUUUUGGACCCUACUGUUGGUUUUUAUUGUCAAAUGCUUGCAACAAAGAAUAGCACACGGAACGCUGUAGGAGAGCAAAAUUCAACCAUCCUUUUAAGAUGGGCAACUUUGAUGACAGUUACUGCCCUAAAAAGAUGCGGUAUACCACUUGAGGCAUUGGAGUAUUUUUCAUCUUCUCCGAGCAUGCUUGGGACUGCUGAUCAAGCAAAUGAGUUGGAUGAUGUUCUGUCCAGUACAUUAAAGCCUUUGCCAAGAAAAUCCUCUAACUGGUUAUCUGCUGAUGUAUCUGUGCAUCUGGAGUUCCAUGUUAAAUUGAAUUUGGCACUUUGCUACUUAUCAAAACUGAUAAGAGAGCAUCCAAGUUGGCCCGACACUUUUACAGAAUCUGAUGGAGAAGGCUCUUACUCUGAAGAGUACAUGAUUCAAUACGAGAAAUCAAAUGAUAGUUUUAAACAAAAGCUAUAUGCCGGGUUUGAUCUUUUGGAACAAAGGUUUUUGCUGACUCCGUGCUAUCUAAUCAGCAUGAUCUUACUCUUACUUUGCCAUCAUGGACUAUGGUACAUUGGGUAUGAUGUGACAGACGGAAGCACUCAAGGAGAACUGUCUCAAAAAAAGAGUGAUAGAUUUGAUGUUUCCAUUUUAUCUCAUUCUCAAUUCAAACCCCUCUUUAAAACUGCAGAAGAAAUCUCCUUUCUGUAUUCAAGAUUUUUUUCUGCCUGUGGUAUGGAAUAUUCUCAACAAAGUUCAACUUUUAUGAAAGGUGCAUCGGCUGAUAUUAGAACUAAAUUUUUGGAUGCCACACAGUGUCACUUUGAAGGUCUUCUGAUUUCAUUGUCGUAUUUAAGAGCUGUUUUGAGGAGUCAAUUGAGGUCUAUUAGCAAGGAUCUUGUCAAAAAGCAUCUUGAAAUCCUUGAUUUAAUUGAAUAUUAUUUAUAUUUUUCAUUAGCUUGGCUUCGCAGAAAAUCAGAAGCCCUUCUAUUCAUGAUGCAACCUUUCUUGAUUGCACAUGAUGGCAGUAAUCCUUAUGAGGUUGAUAUGGUGAAUCUGAAGAACCUUAUCCCAAAAGUUGCGCAGUUGUUGUCUCAGAAUUCUUUCAUAACUAAUACAGAAAACCUUCAAGUAUCCAAAUGCACAGAGAAUAAUAAACUAGAGGCAGAUAUGAAGAGUUUGGUUCCGGAUGAUGAAAGAUGGAAGAUUUUAGGGACCUGCUUGUGGCAGCAUAUGUCGAGAUUCAUGAUAUCUAAUAUGAAUUUAGUUCUUGCUAAACUUGAAGAUGAAAGUUUAUCGAGUUCUUUCCACAGUUAUAGGGAAUCUAAUACUCCCAGAAAUGUGGAUUCUGAUAGCAUCAGUUUGCCAGAGCAGAUUCUAUUAGUCACAUUUAGCUUAUGUGAUUUACUGACGACAACAGUUACUCAUAUUUCUUCUUAUCAUGUUAAAGAACUUGCGGAAUUUUUGUGGCAAAAAGUGCAGAAUGAUUCAGAUGUUAUGACUCUUGAAUGGUUAAGACAAACAAGUCAAUCAGAACCCAAUCAACAUGAAAACCUGGAUGUUUCGGAAUUGGUUAACAGGAAAGAUAACUAUCAAGCUCAUAAGUUAUUAUGGGAUCAUUGUGCCGAUCCCAAAUUGAUACGUGACUGCUUUGCACAGGAGAAACUCAAUUGGUCAAAGGAUUCGGACCAUAAGCCUAUCAAAGAAUGGAAUGACUUGUAUACAAUUAUGACAGGAUUGCAUAAAACUGAUGAUUCACAUAAUGAUGAAAGCAAAGUUGGCAAAUCAUCUACUAAUCAUGAAGUAGAAUCUCCCGUUAAAAGAAUGUUUCCAAGCAGCCAUACUUCUGCUAGUUCCGACCAGAAAGAAACAAUUCGUGCAAAUGUUGAAGACUUUCAAAGUCCCAGAGAAAUUUACAAGAGAAAUGGAGAACUUUUGGAGGCACUGUGUAUAAACUCUACCAAUCAACAGGAAGCUGCAGUUGCUAGCAAUCGUAAGGGUAUAGUAUUCUUUCACAUGAAAGAUGAGACUCCUUUUAGUGGCGAAGCAGACCUUUUGUGGACCAAGGCCGAUUGGCCACAAAACGGAUGGGCUGGUUCCGAAUCCACCCCUGCUCCUACUUGUGUUUCUCCGGGUGUUGGCCUUGGAAGCAAGAAAGGGGCACACCUCGGUCUUGGUGGAGCAACUGUCGGUAUGGAUUCUUCAGCUUGGCCCAGCAGAGACUUGACAGGCGGUGGAUCAUUAGGAAUGCUAGGUUAUGCUGGUAUUGGCGCCUCUGGAUUAGGUUGGGAAACUCAACAAGACUUUGAAGAUUUUGUUGAUCCACCUGCCACUUUGGAGAAUACAAGUACCCGGGCGUUUUCUAGUCAUCCAAUGAGGCCUUUCUUCUUAGUUGGUUCAAGCAAUACACACAUUUACUUGUGGGAGUUCAAUAAGGACAAAGCUACUGCUACAUAUGGGGUGCUACCUGCUGCUAAUGUCCCUCCACCUUAUGCUCUUGCGUCAAUUUCAGCUUUACAAUUUGACCACUUUGGGCAUCGUUUUGCCAGUGCUGCAUUAGAUGGAACUGUCUGCACAUGGCAGCUAGAGGUAGGAGGAAGGAGCAACGUUCGUCCAACAGAAUCAUCCCUCUGCUUUAAUGGCCAAGCAUCCGACGUCACGUACAUUUCCUCUAGUGGAUCAAUAAUAGCCGUGGCAGGAUAUAGCUCUACUGCUGUCAAUGUGGUUAUAUGGGAUACUUUAGCUCCACCUUCAACUUCUCGAGCUUCCAUUUUAUGUCAUGAAGGUGGUGCGCGCUCCCUUUCUGUAUUUGACAAUCAACUAGGAAGUGGUUCGGUUUCCCCUCUUAUUGUGACUGGUGGUAAAAGCGGUGAUAUUGGACUUCACGACUUCCGCUAUAUAGCUACCGGAAAGGCUAAAAGAACUAAACGUUCUGAUAGCAUUGGGCGAAACUCUCUCACGUCUUUGAAUUAUGACAAGGACCAUAAUGUAGAUGGGAUGCUUUGGUAUAUUCCAAAGGCACACUCAGGGAGUGUCUCAAAAAUAGCUACCAUCCCAAAUACGAGCUUGUUUUUGACCGGAAGCGCUGAUGGAGACGUCAAGCUCUGGGAUGCCCAGAGCACAAAGUUAAUACAUCACUGGCCUAAGAUACAUGAAAAACACACUUUUCUCCAGUCAGGCUCUCGUGGAUUUGGUGGCGUUGUUCGGGCUGCUGUUACAGACAUUCAAGUUGUUCCGCAUGGGUUUCUAACAUGUGGUGGGGAUGGAAAUGUAAAGCUUGUACAGUUGAAAAGUCAUCUGCGUGGUUUCGGAGAUGAGUAA